CUCCGUUAGAGCCCAUCACUGCCCUUGGAAGCUGCUGGAGCCACGUUUCGGUCCCCUGGACUGUAGAUAAAGGCCCUUUCUUGCCAGGUGCUGAGACAACCACACUAUGAGAGGCACUCCAGGAAACCCUGCUGGUGGAGGAAGGGUCGUCUCUCAGUCAAGUGAAUCAUUGCGUACACCUAUUACUGGGACUGUUAAUGAUUUGAAUCAGCAAGUGUGGACCCUUCGGGGUCAGAUCCUUGUGGCAGUUCCACGAAGUGACAGUGUGACUCCAGUCACUGUCGCUGUUAUCACAUGCAAGUAUCCAGAGGCUCUUGACCAAAGCAGAGGGGAUCCCAUUUAUUUGGGAAUCCAGAAUCCAGAAAUGUGUUUGUAUUGUGAGAAGGUUGGAGGACAGCCCACGUUGCAGCUAAAAGAGCAGAAGAUCAUGGAUUUGUAUGGCCAACCUGAGCCUGUGAAACCCUUCCUUUUCUACCGUGUCAAGACUGGUAGGACCUCCACCCUUGAGUCUGUGGCCUUCCCAAACUGGUUCAUUGCCUCUUCCACGAGAGACCAGCCCAUCAUCCUGACUUCAGAACUUGGGAAGUCAUACAACACUGCCUUUGAAUUAAAUAUAAAUAACUGAACUCAGCCUAGAGGUGGCAGGCUCGUCUUUGUCUUAAAGUUUCUGGUUCCCAGUGUGUUUUCGUCUACAUUUUCUUAGUGUCAUUUUCACACUGGUGCUGAGAUGGGAGCAAGGCUGCUGUUAUCAUCUCAUUUUAUAAUGAAGAAGAAGCAGUUACUUCAUAGCAACUGAAGAACAGGAUGUGGGCUCAGAAGCAGGAGAGCUGGGUGGUAUAAAGCUCUCCUCUCAAGCUGAUGCUGUGUAGGCCACAAGACAACUGCAUGAGUUACUUUAAGACUCAAAGACCAAACACUGAGCUUUCUCCUAGGGGUGGGUAGGAAGAUGCUUCAGAACUCCUGUGUCUUACCCACGAUGGCAUGACUAGCAUGGAGCUGAUCUCUGUUUCUGUUUUGCUUUAUUUCCUUUUGGGAUGAUAUCAUCCAUAAUCUUUAUAUGUUGCCAGUAUACCUCAUUGUGUGUAAUAGAACUUUCUUAGCAUUAAGACCUUGUAAACAAAAAUAAUUCUGGUGUUAAAUCAUUUUUGUCCUAAUUGUAAUGUGUGAUCUCAAAGUUAAAUAAAUUUUGUAUAUUUAUAUAAUAAUAAAGCUAAAACUGAUAUAAAAUAAA